UCAGAUGAGAAAACGAUACACGAAAGAUUGUGGGUGAAAGAGAGAGAGGAAAAGGGGCAUGAAAGUCAUUUCCCAUUAUCCUUUUGAGUGUGGUUGUUUAUAUUCAUAUUAUAGUGUUGUGUAAUGCUCAUCAUUUACAACAGCGGAAAGAACAAAGCAUGGAGAAAGUGUGGAAUGGAAUCGAAAAGUCCUCUGAAUCAUGCGACAUGUUGAAGACUGUUCCAGCACUGGCGCUGUACCUUGGAUUCAUUCACUUCAACUUCAUCUUCAUCCUCUUCGCCACCUUCUUCCUUUCUCUUUCAAAAGCACUCUUGGUGUUCGGUUUCCUCUUCCUGUUCGUCGUGAUUCCUGUCGACAAAAACAGCAUGUUUGGUCGAAAAUUGUCAAAAUACAUUUGCAAGCACAUUUGCUCCUAUUUUCCCGUAAAGCUUCACCUAGAAGAUCCAAAGGCCUUUCGUCAUAAUCGUGCUCAUGUGUUUGGUUAUGAACCACACUCAGCUUUUCCACUUGGCAUGGUUGCACUUGCUGAAAACGCAGGUCUCAUGCCCCUUGCAAAAACAACAUUUCUAGCUAGCAGCGCCGUUUUCUAUAUGCCAUUUUUGAGACACGUAUGGACAUGGAUGGGAUUAACUGCAGUCACAAAGAAAAAUUUCAUUUCCUCCUUGGAAGCUGGCUACAGUUGCAUUUUAGUGCCUGGUGGAAUUCGAGAAGCACUUUUUUUGGAGCCCCAUUCUGAGAUCGUGUUUCUAAAGGAGAGAAGAGGAUUUGUUCGGGUAGCAAUGGAAAUGGGAGUACCCCUUGUUCCAGUUUUCUGCUUUGGUCAGACAAACUCCUACAAGUGGUGGAAAGUUCCAGGGUUAAUUCAAAAACUUGCUAGGUUUAUCAAGAUUAUGCCAUUAUUUUAUUGGGGAAUUUAUGGAUCUCCCAUACCAUUCAAAAAUCCAUUGUACAUCGUGGUGGGUAGACCGAUUGAGAUAGAGAAAAAUCCAGAACCGACAAUGGAGCAGGUUGACAGAGUACACAGUCAAUUCGUGGAAGCACUUAAAGAUCUCUUUGCACGACAUAAAGCUAAAGCUAGAUAUACAGAUCUUCAAUUGAAAAUUCUAUGACUAGACCAACCUCUUUUGGCCUAAGUGACUAUGUUUCUCAUUUGAAUCUUCUAAUCAUUCGGAUUGAUUUAUAUAUGUAAACUACAACCUUAGAAGUAAAACAUUAAAUUUAUUUAGC